UCAAACCAAAUAAUGCGACGCCACGCUGCCGCCGGGUGCGAAUGUUAAUUUUCUAUCAACAAACUGACUGUAUCAUCACAGGCAUCACACAUGGAAUGGGAGAAAAGAACGAGGCCGCUGCCCGCGGCGGCUUCAGUCGCUCAACACGCGCAAUUCGACAUGGACAAGUGUACCAGUCGACAUGUGCUCUCGUUCACGUAACCGAAACACCGGCCAUAUUGAAAACAAAAAGCGAACGUCAAACUUUUGGCGCGAGUUUUGACAGCUUUUUUGCGACCACAGACUUAUGGUGAGCCGUGUUAUCGGAACGGGUUUCGUGUAAAGAAAGUGAAUUAACAUUUUUACAAAUUAACGUGUCGUGUGAGAGUGAAUGUGAAACCGUUCGUUGCGUAAUAACAAAAAUUCCUCUAUCGAAAUAUUAUCAUCAUCGGACAUUUAUUAUUUUCGUUUGAUUAAGUGUUAUUCGCUGUAUCCAUUAAUUAGCAUGCGGACUUAUUUUCUGUGCUCGUUUUACUCAGUAGUGACAGUUAAGUAACGAAAACAAAAAAGGGAAACUUCGAAUGCGCCGAGAGAUGCGUUAGGAAGAUGCCCAAGGAACGAGCGAGGGGCGACGACGGUUGCAACGCAAUAGCGAGGUUGAUAAAGGACUUGUGCAGUUGUUCCGAGAACGGGGCGUGGUCGCCGGAGAUGACGUCAGAGAAGCGGAAGGACCCCGUGCUGAAGAGUGAGCUAACAAACAUGUCAGCGAUGCGGAGACGCAUCAUGACAUUAGCCAAACGGAAGAACAGGGACGUCGUCACGACGGAACCACCCAAACUGUACGAGAAAACUUUAGAGAAAGCAAAAACUGAAACGCUCACUUCGAACUUGAUCAACACAACUAUCAGCUCACAGAGCAGCACUCUGAGAAGGAACAUCGACAACUUCCUACUGUCCCGCAGGAUAUUCGCUCUGGAAGAGGACAUCUACGAGAAACCUAUAACGUACAGUAUAAAAAACUCGACUUGCGGCGAGAACUGGUCGCUGAGCAAAGCUUGGAAGAACAACAACAGCGAUUUCUUUAAUCGCUCUCCAGUCUUAGAUUCUGAGCGUUUAGUAAACCGUGAUUACCCUCAGUUGGAACGUAUAGACGAAGUGCCGAAGAAAAGGAAGCGGGACAAGAGAUUUAAGGAGCAAAUCCGGUACGACAGGAACAUAAAGAGGCACAUAAGGAUAAGGGUGAUGCUUUCUUUGAGGAUGAGGAGGUAUAUGAAGCGAAGGAUGCGGAAACCGUUGCAGAUCAGCGCUCAGAAUGUGAAUAUUCCACCGAGGAGAUUUCCCAGAGGUUCAUCGACCAACUCCAGUUUCGGGACCAGGUCUUACAGGAGUGUGAUGACUGAUAAACUCGGUGAUGGCGCGGUGCUUUUCGAUGUGCAUGAGGCGAGGAAUUCCACUUUGGAGCUGUGCCACGAUUACGAAGAUGAUCUCGACACGCUAGAUAUCGCCUUACGCGCCGGCAAUUUUAGGAGCGGUCGGCUAGCUGUCGAAGGGUGGUGGUGCGGGCGAGCCAUGCCAGCGGGCGGCGGAAGCGGGCGCGCCAACAACGGGGCGCUCGCUCUGCACUACGCGGCUGCGCGCGGUUGCCUCGACUGCGUGCGCCUGCUGGCGAACACCACGCCUGACGUCUGUGCCAACACAGCGAUGGACAACGACGUGACACCAGUGUACCUGGCAGCCCAGGAGGGUCACUUGGCAGUCCUCAAGUAUCUGGUGCUGGAGGCUGGAGGCAGACUGGACGCGAGGGCCAGGGACGGAAUGCUGCCCAUCCACGCCGCAGCCCAGACCGGCUGCUUGGACUGCGUCAAAUGGAUGAUUGUAGAACGGGGCGUGGAUCCGAACGCUAGGGACGGCGAUGGCGCCACGCCGCUGCACUUUGCGGCGUCGCGCGGCCAUCUGACCACGGUGCGGUGGCUGCUGCGGCACGGCGCCAGGCUGCAUCUAGACAGGCACGGCAAGAGUCCCAUCAACGAUGCAGCAGAGAACCAUCACUUGGAGUGUCUGAAUGUGCUGGUGGCAGCCGGCGCUGGUGCUAGUGAAGGCAAGCAGCUAGCGACGUACAAGGCGGUCCACUCCUGCGCCUGUACACCGGGCGAUGCGAGAUGCGCCCUCCCGAACUGCAUCAACGCUGGCAGCACUCGUUCUCCCUUCUACCUGCACGCGCCAGAGAGAGAGCGCCGCCCGUCAGUUCAGGAGCGGCGCGGGUCCCUCCCUUCCACAGUCGGCUCUAUCAGCUCGGCCCGGUCUGGCCCUGCCGAUGGACUGUACGUCAAUCCGAUGCAGAGGGCAACGUCAACGACGGCCACUCAUCACAGCUCUUCAGGGGAGGACAGUUCAGCUUGCUCAGCAUCAGACGCGGAUUCCGCCAACAAUGGCGGUUGGUUCCUACACGGGGGCUCAAAUAACAACUCCGGAGCACCGGCGGCGCUGUACCAGCGUGUCAGAGACCUGUUCCAUACUCGCUCGCCGGGACCCAGGGUCCCUGCUGAGGGGCAGGAGGCUCCGACGAUGACUGUGAAAGCAGAGGUGCACGGCUCGACGGAGGCUACUACGGCACCCGAGCACUCGGAUAGCGACAGCGGAGCGGAGGCGCGCCGCGGACACCAUUACGAAGAUAUAUACAUCCCCAGAGAAGAACAGCAGAGACGAAGGAGCACGUCCCGUGACUCAGGCAGCCACAGCCGGCCGGGCAGUGCUGCGCUCGUCGUCGACUACACAACCAAAGACAAUAAUGACACAAUAAGCAAAGCAUACGAAGAAGUGUCCCCAGUGGUGGACCCUCAGGCAAAAUCCACAAUAGCAACCAAACUCGCAGCCCUCACGCACAAGGCACAGAACUUUGCCAGCCGUAUAUCAUCAGCGGCUGGCAGUCGUCGCGCGUCUGUGUCCGACGAAGCAGCUGUAAUACAGACAUCAGUAUCUGCGUCUUCAGGCGUGUCGUCUGGCGGCAGUUCAGGAGACGAGGCGCCCCCUCCCCCUCCACCGCCGCCCGCGCCCCCCACCCCGCCUGUGCCCCCACCGGCAGUAUUGGAAGAACCAGCGAUACGGCCGUCUGAGCUGAGAGGACGAUUAGCGGGGCGGCGCGGCUCGGCGGCGUCAGAAGACGAAAGACCUCGCGGGCCCAACCUCGUGAACAAGCAGCCGGCAUUGCCGUUCGUGCCGCCCGCGUUCCCUCACAACGCGCCCGAUCGUUUGAUAAAGCCGUCGGAGUAUCUGAAAACCAUCACGGCGCCGUGCAAGCGGGACGACACGGCGGCUGAGGCGCGCCCGCCGCCGCCGCCGCCGGUCCCCAAUGACGGCGUGCCGCCACCGCCGCCGCAGCCUCCAGCGAUGGCAAUCUCACAGCCCUUAGCGGCCAUCAGCACAGCAGAACUCACAGCCGUCAGACUCCGCGCACCAGCCACAAAAACCUUGUCAGCCCCUCCACCAGCGAGAUCGGUCAGCCUUCAAUGCCUUCCGAGUGCGGCAGAGAACUAUCGAAGCGCGAAAACGGACUUAAUUGAAGAACUAAAGAUGUCGAAGGAUAUAACGGGCAUUAAGAAGAUGAAGGUGGAGAGAGCGAGACGGGAGAGUCUACAGGACAAGGAGACGUUUACAGAAUUCACCAAAAGGUUCACAGCGGAGAACUUCGUUGACCAGGGAUGUCCACAGAUCCCGGAGCGAGACGCAGCCGGCAACGUGAUCCCGGCGUGGAAGCGGCAGAUGCUGGCCAGGAGAGCAGCGGAGAAGGCCAGGAGGGAUCUGGAGAGAGAACUAGCGGGAGAGGCGGAAAGGAGGAGAGCCGCUGCCGUGCCCGCAUGGAAGAGGCAGCUGCUACAACGGAGGGAGGAGGCUGAGAACAGACUGAGACAAUCCCUGUACACACCGAAAGUCGAGGAGACGAAUUGCUCCAACGGCACUACUAACGGCGAGUGGCGCGCGUACCCGAGCGGCACCCAGCGCGCCGUCUCCAUAGACAACAUCUCGCUGUGCUACGACACUCCUUCGCAUCCCGUACGCGCGCCAUCAGAGGCUAAGCUUACCUCUGACCAUUGCAACGGCCAUUCCAUCACAAACGGGAAACAUGAAGACGAUGCUGAAGACGAGAGCGCCAAAAUCAUACCGUGGCGGGCGCAACUACGCAAGACGAACAGCAAACUCAACUUACUCGAAUAGAUAGGUUACGUCGUUAGCUCGGACAGUGUUGCUAGGUUAGAAAAACAACUACCAUUUUAGUAGUUUCCACGUACGAUUUUGCAGCAACGCCAUAAACUGAAAAGCAUUGUAUCCGUUGCUUAAAAAAUAAAAAAGCUAUCGAUGGUUGAUAUGAAAUCUACAAUUUAGAGGUUUCUUUUAAGACAUAAUUAGUACAUAAGUUUAAUGUAUGGAAGAUGAUUGUACGACUUCUAACUUCCUUUUAAAUAUUACGGAACUUUUUCAAUAUAUUUUUUUGAUACAUUUCCGCAUGUAUUCAAUUAAAAUAUUAUUGAUUAUGAUUAUUUUGAUCUACUUACACCUGUUGUAGAUAUUGACGACAAACCAAACUUAAAUAUAUUUUAUUUUUAAAUAAUAUCGUAAUUCUAAUGAAAACGAAAGUCAAUGAGCGACAUGUACAUUUUAACACUUAUAUCUUUGAUUUGUUUUUAUAUAAAUCGUAAAAUAUUUAUAGUAAGAAAUUCUAAGAGAUAUCGGCUUUAACAUUUGUGAGGCUCUAAACAUUUUUAUCAAUUUUAUGAAAAGAUUAAAUAACAACUUAUUUAAAUUAUUAUAUUAAGUUUUUAACAUGCAAGUGAUACCAAUGUUGCAAUAUUAGUAUUAGGCUUAAUGAACAGUGGGCUUUUGCAAUUUUGUACGUCCUACUUGAUAAACUUAUAUAAUUAUUAUGUAUAAAUAUUUAGAUGAUUUUAUGUUUGAGUUAUAUACAGUACGACAAUUUUAUGUAAUGUUGUUAAUAAAAUGCUGUUUUGCUUAA